AUGGCGCGAACGACGAUUUCUCGCUCUGCGCCUUACAUUGCUGUCUUUCUCGUUUGUUUCAUUUGGUAUAAUUUUCAGCUUCAUCCCUUUGCUUCGAUAAACCCGUGGCAGCGACCCAUACGCGACUCAGCCCAGGAGCCUUUUCUCGCGAACUCAUCUGAUCUUCCUUCGGGCGGUCGGUUGGCGACAGCGGAAUAUGCGGAAGAUGGACAGUUACGGCUUGUCGCAGACACUAGCAACUCGGCGUCGAUAGAUAGCCUUAUAAAAAAUGCCGGCAGCCAGUUUGAAACUCUGCUCAGAGAACGAUCCUCCACCCUCGAGGAUGCCGCAAGAGCAUAUCGGGAACGAAGAGGGAGACAUCCGCCUCCCGGCUUUGACCAAUGGUAUAAAUAUGCGCACGAGAAUGGUGCUAUUAUUGUUGAGGAUUUCUGGGAUCAGAUAUACGAGGACCUGGAACCCUUCUGGGCCGUUAAUCCGUCCUUGAUACAUUCGCAGGCGAGGAAAUUGGGCAUGGCGGUGGAGAUCAAAGACGGCAGAGCGAAUGCGACCACCGACUGGUUCUGGCACACGAUCUGGGCAAAGAUGUUUGCCGAAGUGUCGCGCCACCUACCUGACAUGGUCGUGCCCAUGAACCCCAUGGAUGAGCCUCGUGUAAUGGUGCCGUGGGAGAAGAUGUCGGAAUUGAUGGCCGAAGCUCAGUCUACCAAAGAGUGGCUGCCAGUAGGACAGAUGCGCCGGCGAGUACGCGGAUGGGGAAUGGAGACAGAGGAGGAAGACGAAGAAGACUCAGAUCUCAUGUGGCACGACAGCCCACCUUUCUCUUAUGCGCGAGCGGCAUGUCCGCCUGAGAGCCCCUUGCGUCGGCGUACCGAGUCGACCACUCCACAGAUGCUCACUGAAGAGAUCAUGCUUCAUGCAAGGCAGCGGACCCACGACCCCGAUCUCCAAUCGUAUACAAACCCCAGUUUUGUUACCAAUUUCACCGAGUCGACAAGCCCGUGCAAUGAGCCGGCGAUUCAGUAUUAUCAUGCGGCCCUCACAGAUCCACUCACGGCCAGCACCUCCACCGACCUGCUGCCACUGUUUGGUGGGUCGAAAUUCGCCACGGUCAACAACGACAUCUUACUUCCGGCCCCCAUGUACUGGAAUGAAGAGGAGCGCUUCAUGGAAGAUGACCCGUGGGAAUGGAAUGCAAAGACGGACAGCGUCAUCUGGCGCGGCACCGCCACGGGUGGUUGGAACAAGCCCAACACAUGGACGCGUUUCCACCGGCACCGCUUUGUCGCCCUCGUCAACGGAACCAAGUACGAGAGCGCGCAUCAGAGGGCUUCUCGCGCCGACGACAUUUUCAGUCCUCUGUGGCACCUCAGCGCCGUCUCACCCCUCAAGCCCGCGCUGCAACCCCAUCUCUCCGCUUACCUCAAGCACCACGUCGACGCUGCCUUCACGGACCUGUUUUGCGAUGACCACGACGACACGAAGCCCGAUGACCGUCCGUAUGGCUCCUGUUGGUACACGUCGCCGCAUUACGACGUCGUGCCUGGCCAGCGGCUCUCCGUGCAGUACCAGUCCAAGUACCUACCCGACAUUGACGGCAACUCGUUCUCCGGCCGCUACCGCGCAUUCCUGCUCUCCAACAGCCUGCCCAUCAAGGCGACGCUCUAUCGCGAGUGGCACGACGCGCGCCUCGUGCCGUGGAAGCACUUCGUCCCCAUGAACAACCGCUUCGACGACUUUUACCGCCUGAUGGAAUACUUUGCGGGCUGUAGCGCGGAGAUCUGUGGCCAAGAUGUCAAAGGCCACGACGCGGAAGCGGAGGCCAUUGCAAAGGCGGGCAAGGAGUGGGCGCAGAAGGCGCUCCGGAAAGUCGACAUGCAGAUUUACGUGUUUCGACUGCUGUUGGAGUGGGGGAGGGUCACGGACAAAGACAGGCGCAAACUGGGAUGGACGGACGAUAUUUUGAAGCGUACAAAGGCCACGGAGGAAAGAUGA